AUGUUUGAUGUCGCUAUUGUUGGUGCGGGGAUGAGCGGGCUGCAGGCUGCCGUCUCUGCGAAGCAGGCUGGGCUCUCAUUCUGUGUCAUUGAGGCUAGGGAUCGUGUCGGAGGCAAGGUCUGGAGCAUCCCGCUCGCCUCUGGCCGAGGCACUGCCGACCUUGGUGCGGCCUGGAUCAACGAUGAGCUACAGCCCCGUGUCACGGCCUACGUCCGGCAAUUCGGAAUGAAGACUGUCUGUCAGCCCAUUGACAAAACGGCUAUAGUUCGGAUCUCUGGAGAUGAGCGUCUUGAGUUCCCCUUUGGUGUGAUUCCCGAUUUUCCACCGGAAGAGAAGACCAACCUAGAAAUGAUUCGCGAUCACAUCGAGGCAGAAUCUCAGAAGAAAGAGGCUCCAAAGUUGGAGGAUGACCAGGUUUCUCUCGACACGUAUGUGCGCAAGCUGGGUGCUACGGAAAAGACUUGCAAGAUGGUGAACCUCUGGGUACGAGCCAUGCACGGUCUUGAGUCAACUGAGGAGUCGGCAGCGCAUUUCAUCGACUACUGCCGCAGGAACCACGGUCUUCUCGCAGCCCGAGCUGAUGACCACACGGGUGGCAACUACUUGCGCUUGCAGGGCGGGACUCAGGACAUUGCACGUGGUAUUGCCCGCCUGAUCGGGGAUCAACACAUCUAUACUUGCCAUCCGGUGCAGUCCAUCCAUGACGAGCAAGAAAAGGUCACAAUUUACACCAGUAACGGCAAAAGCUUCGUCGCCAAAAAAGUCAUAGUAUAUGUCCCAAGUGCUUUAUUUAGGGAUAUAAAAUUCACGCCUCCCCUUCCAGCCGCUCUUCAGGAGCGCUCCAGCAAUACAAAGCUCGGGCACUAUAGCAAGGCCAUUGUUUGCUAUGAUAAGCCCUGGUGGAGAGACCUAGGCUACAAUGGGUUUCUUUUCAGUUAUGUCGGUCCUGUUAGCAUUGUCCGAGACUCCAGUGUUCCAGAGAAGAAUUAUUACAGCUUGACAUGCUUUGUCAACGGCAGGGUGGGAGCAGAAUGGGCUAAACUGAACCCCCAUGCGCGACGUCGAGCCGUUUUGGAGCAGCUUGCAAAGGGUUACAACGUUGGUCGAUCGUCAGAGCUCUGGCGUCCCAUCGAAUUCUUCGACCAAAUCUGGAAACACGAGCCCUACAGCCAGGGUGCUCUCUCUCCGAUUCCUGCUCUCGGCCACUACGUCAAAUAUCAAUCUGUGCAUGGCAAGCCCGUGGGAAACAUUCACUUUGUUGGAACUGAGUACUCCGACCAUUGGAAGGGCUAUAUGGAAGGUGCAUUAAAUUCCGGCGCGCAGGGAGCUGCAGAGGUGGCGAGGGCGCUAAAGAUUCCAGGAUCACGUUUAUGA